CACAAAGAACAACUCAAUGUAUCUCCAAGCGUCUAGCUUGAGACGCCGCGUAAAGUUUCCCAGCUAUGGUGAUGAUGAGGUUGAACUGAUAUUGCAAGAAGUUUGAAAAUGUUUCAUCUACAGGCUUGUUAUAGAGCGGAGAGUUCACUGCUACUCAUCCGGUUUGGAUUCGCCACCGGCAAGCAUGCCAUACGCACGUCGCGGCAUCAUCCUAUCUUGGACCCCUUCCAUCACAUCCCAGGGGGCUAAAUCUAUCUUGCAUCUGUUUUGUAAGCGAAGUUACAAAUUCAAUAUAAGUCUGUCUUAGGAAUCCUUGAUCCUAGAAAGUGACGAUCAAAUUCCUAUGGGGCUUGAAAUUCAAACAUUAGGGAGGAUGCAUGUAAUAUGAACGGCCGAUAUUGAUUAAAGAGUUGCAAUCCUUCUACCUAAUCGUGUGUAAGACUAAACGACAAGUCUAGAUUACCAGGUUUCGAUGUUGCAUUGCCGGCCUUUUCCCGGGGACUCCAACAUUUGGUUGACCCAAAUACAAAGUAUUUUCUCUGCCAUGAUGGCAAGUUGUGCCACUUGUUCUGAGUUAAAUCACUACUUCAUCUGAAGCCGAUAAUGGAUAACCCAGUUCUCGACGUUUCCUUACAGGAAGAAGCUUUGGAAACAAAAGUAGGCCAGAAUCUUGCCGUACCCUCAGACAAACAAGAAGUUUUGACCACUGAGGCCGGCGUUCUGGAUAAUGAUAAAAAUGUUGUUGACUUGGAUGAAAAUGACCCCGAACACCCUCUCAAUUGGCCCUUAUGGCGAAAAUGGUCAAUUGUUAGCUGUACUGCGUUGAUGUUCAUGUUAUGGUAUGUUGAUGUCUUUGCUCAAAUCCUCCUCCACGUGCUAGCUAGGGUGAUGUUCGAUAUUUAAAAGUGCAUCCCAAUGACAUGUCUGAUGCGUUCAAAUAUAGUAACUUGGGGACUAUCACCAUCGUUCCAGCAGUACCACGAGUAAUGGAAGAGUUUCACGUUACAAACAAGCUAUACUCAACUUUACUCGUGUCGAUUUGGGAACUCGGUGAAGCUGUUGGACCCUUUUUAGUGGGACCCCUAUCUGAAUUCUAUGGUCGAAUGCCCGUAUAUCACGCUGGAAAUAUUCUCUUUAUUCUGUGUCUCACAGGAGGGGCCUUAAUUACCAACAUGUCUAUGCUCAUUGCCUUUCGUUUCUUGUGCGGAUUUGUCGUUUGCUCUGUGACUUUGGGACCCAGUAUCGUCGGGGAUCUCUUCAGGAAAGAAGAUCGAGGUACCGCCAUGUCAGUAGCUAUUGCAUUUCCACUGCUCGGACCAUUUGCCGGACCAAUUGUCGGUUCUUAUAUAACAGAAGCAAAGGGUUGGCGGUGGAGUAUCUGGAUCGUCGUUAUUGCUGUGGGAGCAGUGACUUGCUUCGGAUUUCUUACUUUUAGGGAAACGUACAAGUUGAAACUAGUACAGCGGAAAACAGAACGGCUCCGCAAAAUUACAGGAAACGAAAAUCUGAGAUCGAAAUAUGCAAGUCCGAAUAAGCAUGCCGAGAUAAAGGACCCUUUGCUUAGACCAAUCAAAAUGCUUUUCUUGUCGCCGAUUGUGUUUAUUAUAUCUUUCUUCACGGCUUUGGUUUAUGGAAUCUCCUAUGUUAUUCUCACUACACUCACUCCAAUCCUAGAGGAUAAUUACGGACUUAGUCAAGGUCCCGUAGGCCUUGACUUUCUGGGAAGAGGUACGAAUUUCCUGUUCAUUCGCUGGACAUAGACUGAUGUGAUUCACUUCUGCCAGCUUCUGGGAAUGUCAUAGCCAUGCUGCUCUAUGGCAUGUUCUCCGACCGAUACAUCAAAUACAAAAAGUCCCAAGAAGGCUAUCUCAAACCCGAAAAUCGACUGCCCCUAAUGCUCCUCGGCGCCAUUGUUCUCCCACUCGGUCUCUUCCUCUACGGUUGGUCUGCGGAAAAGCAUGUCCAUUGGAUCGUCCCAAUCAUUGGUACCGCGAUCGUGGGCUUUAGCUUCAUACUGUCGAUACUUCCCACAGAGAAUUAUCUUGUUGAUGUACAUGAGCUACAUGCAGCCUCGGCAGUGGCUGUGUGCUGCGUGCUUCGUGCUUUGUUUGCUGCCAUCCUACCAGUCAUUGGACCACCUUUGUAUGAUCGUCUGGGACUAGGGUGGGGCAAUUCGUUGUUGGCUUUCAUUUGUAUUGCAUUCUUACCCGGACUUGUAGCGUUAAUGAUCUAUGGAGAAAAAAUAAGGAAGACCUCCAGAUUCCAUUAGGACCUUCACAAGAGGGAGCAAAUACAAAUGGAGUUGCUGCCAAGGUAUUUCCGGCAACCUGUCCGAAAGACCUAGUCGUCCAUGAUCUGCAAAAAUACUGCUUACGCCAAGUCGACAUCGAUGGUCAUCAUUUUUACGAUAAUGAGCUGCUCACUUCAAAAUGUUCAGUAUAUUUGAGCAUUUAUUUCUGGGACCUUUUUGUCCAUUUAUGCUGUAGAUAAUACACUUACUUAACCUUUUCCUCUUCUUACGAGGCGAUUGAGUAUAAGAACAUUUUGGAAUAAUUAGUCUCAUUUCCAAAGAUGUACCUCUCAAGGAUUUUCUAAAAGUUUUGUCGUUUGUGGUCACAAUUUUGUGAGCAUGAGAGAUCCCAAACAGAUCCCUCCGAGGUAUCAAACCCCUCGCCCAAUCAAGUCGCCCAAAGAUCCUUCAUAUACUGAAAUUCCAGUACUUCUCCUUGUCCACUCACUUGCACUAUCAUUUGGACAGUCUAACACUCUCUUAAGCGACCUAUUCCUUCAAUAUGUAUCCUUUGCAGUCACGUCAUCAGUUCCAGACGUCUCUAGCACGAAGCAAUAUGCACCCCUCGCCAACACUUUCAAUUUUUGAGUCGCAAUAUCUAUACUGAUCACUUGCCCGCCGACUCAACCGAAAUUUAAUGUCUUUGAUCUCCUCACGCCCAAGUAUCCGUUUUUGAUAUUCUCUAACCUGGGCUUCAUCGUUCUUUCCCACGAUCGCCGAUUGCCCUCAACAGCUUGGGGAACCCAAGUCAGAUAGUACGUCUCAAUACAAUACUCAAUUUUGUUACCAUGCCCUGAAAUGGUGUGCCGAGCUCCCCAUUUCAGUUCGCUGAUAUUUUUGUCGUAAAGAGGGCUGUAUAUGAGGUACACCAGUAUAGCCACAGUAUCUGGCUGGGUCAAGCGGGUGAUUAGUCGAGCGUCUGCCGAUCUCCUUGUAAAAGGACCCAUCAGCAGCGCAGUUGUGUGAAUUCUCAACUUGUUAAGAGAGCCCAGUAUGUUUUUGAUUAGAAUUGCAUAUCCCAAUACCAGUACCUUAGUGUUCUCCAACAUCUUUACCCCGCUUCCACAUAAUUUGUUAGAAAUACGAGAGAGCAAAUAGUCGAUUCGAACAUCUUACAGCCAGAAACAGGCGCAAUAACUAUUGUGGUAAUAGCUCUGUCACUCGAAAAAAGUUGCAAGUAGGUAGGUAACCAACUCCUGAUCUCUCUUGCCCUCUAAAAACUGACAACUGUAAGAUAUAUCUCCAGUGGAGGGAGACGAGGUUUUCGGAUGGGAUGAAAUCAUUUAAAUUGAGUCCGGAAAGGCUGUAGAUACAGCAGACUCAUAAGGUAGUUGCUAUACCCAACAAGACUAGCUUAGCCUAAGUACAACUAACUGGGAACUUUCAGCAUUAUCUUAGAAUACCUAGUAUCCAGCUACUCGAUAAGCGGAACAUUCGUCUGGCCCAGGAUGCCAUAAGAGCAACUAAGCGAAAGCUUGAAUUCAUUGUCCAACCGACGCCAUCGAUAGCUCGUAGGACUAGGAAAAGACUCACCAGAAACAUUUCUGGUUACUAUGAAAGUGAUUGGAAGAAAAACCGAUCCUGACAGAUAUUAUUUUACUUUGGCCUGCAGGUCAAUCAGCGGAAGUGAAGUAAGUGUAUAUUGCAGGUUCUUGUCUAAUAUGGAUCAGAUUGGAUGUACUCCAUGGCUUG